AUGCCCCCCAAGCACCGCCGGGCCCCGGUGAAGAACCGAAGCGACGAGACGCAGCGCCUCUCUGGUGGCGAAGCACUACCAUUUCUGGCGGCCGCGUCUGCACGUCGCCCACACCACCUCGUCUCCCGCCUCUACCCCCCGUGGGGCAGUGGCUCAAAUGAGGCUGUCCAUCGCACGAGUGGAGGGACCCGCAACACCACCACCACCACCACCAAGGAUGGUGCAUCGGGUUCUGCCGCGGUCGCCUCCGUAAUGAUGCCUAACAGGGCCUCGACGAAGGAGCCAAACGAUACUGCAUACGCCCCUCGUGGCCGAGGGCGUGCUGGCCUACCCACUCGCGUCAGUAGCAACGGCAGAGAAAAGACGAGACCAACGGGUGUUGCCACAUCAAGUCGAAGGACCGACGACCGCCGCGCGUCGGCGGCGCGCAAACGACCCCGAUCGACGUCAACUAGCUCAUUCCCAGUGCCUGUUGAAGUUGAAAAGAGGGUUGCAGACAGCAACGACGACAGUGGUGUGGAGGCCGUCCACAACAGCAGUGAUGGAUCUCAACGCACAGAGGCGGUGCCAUGCACCACCGAGAUACCACCGGACGCGACACAGCUGUCUACGUCGCCUUCUCCAUCUCUUUCCCCGUUACCAAUGUUGGCUGAGCGCAGAGUACUGAAGGGUGGCGACCCUGGUGGAGGUGGUGCAGCUGGUGAAGACGCGUCUCAUGCCGUUGAAUGGCAGAGGCACCGCCUUCCUGGGGUGCAGGACCCUUCGCCAUCGGCAAGCGCGACAGCCACCGCCGAAGAGGUGGUUCUCUCUCCUGUGAGGCUCAGUGACGUGGUGACGCCGCAGAAACCGCCACUGCCCUGCACUGCUGUCUCCACGGUAGACAGCAAAGUCCUCUUCGCCGAGGAGGAAGACGAGGAGGAAGAGGAUGAGGAGAGGCAGGCAUGGCGGCUCAACCUCCUCAACGGGACCAGUGGUGACACGCGCCGGCUGGCGCGUGCUCAGGAUGAGAUACACGUGCUUGGGGAGCUGUCGGAAAAUUCCUCAAUCACCUCUGCUCGUCCGCAAGCGCUGCGACGCUCUUUGGACGCAAGCGGCGGCGGCGGCGACGAUCGCGUGCCACCAGCGGGGCGGGAAGUGACGGGGAGGGACACGGAGUUGCGGGGUGAGCCGCUGGGCGUAAGACGUAUCGACACCACCGCCGACAGCGGUGCCAACACAGUGUUCAGUGAUGAGGAUGACGAGGACGACGGAGAGGCGAGGCGGCGAACGCACAUUACGUACACAACACCCUCUUUGCAGUCCCCUUCUGCAGACGUGGGCGAGGGCGGCCCCAUCCCGGUGCUCGAGGGCUGCACACCGGGCGCGGCGGGUGCAGCCGCGACUUUAGCUGAAACGCUUGCUGUGCAAGACUUAUCGCUCCUCCCCGACGAGAAUGGGGGCGGUGCCACCGUUGCCGUUGGCGGUGUCGUGCACAGUGACAGCUGUGGGUACACACCACUGUUGUCUUCGUCUACUGGCCAACACACACCCCACUCGGCUAUCACAAACGAGAUGGUGCUUCCUCAGCUGCGUGGCGGCACACCUGGGGCGGCAGCGGCAGAGGAAGUGCUGCUGGGUGAGGGGUUUAUAUCCCCGCCGGUCAAGCGGGUCACGGCUACACCGCAGCAAGCCACCCAGCGUAUUGGAAUGACGACAGAAGACGGCACUGCGACUCGCUCAGGUGCAGCCAAAGCCGCAGCUGAUGCCUCUCGAGUGCAUGAGAACGCCUUGUCCAUCGGCGGCUCAACCUCAUCGAUGACAUUUUUGCCUACUCUGCCUUCCGCUACGCCAUGCGCUGUGACGGGUAUCGGUGGAGAGAAUGGUCUUAGACCCCGCGUGAAUAUGCCCCUAUCAUACUCUUCGGCUGACGCCGCCGCCUCAGAGACUGCAGAACAGUCGGCACCGCCGCCCAUGUCUCGAACCCCGUCAUCACCAUCGCUCCCGCCUAGCUCUCUCCCGUCUACACUUGACGACGGGCUCUGGAAGGAGAGUGCAGGGACCACGCAGCUGGACGUGGUGGAUGGCAUCGCUGUGAAUUCAGACUGCUCCCCCCCACAUUUGCAGCUCCGCCGUAGGGACGCUCCGGCUCCCCUUGCUCUGUCCGUCGCUGUUGCACCGCAGGAGAUGGUGCCGAUUGACCCAUUCCUGAGCACGCCACCACAGUUCAAGCAAAGAUCUUCUGUGAGAACAAAGGACACUAGCGGCGGUGGUGGUGGGCGUAUGCGAUGUGUACCACAACCCUCGGCUCGCAGAGGUGCCAGCAAAGAUGGCCACUCCCCUGCCACACCCGACUUUCCGUCUCACUUUUCUCUCCUCCCGACGAAGCAGUCUGCGACGAGUGACCCGCCCACAGUCACCGGGGCUGAGGUCGAUGUGCAGGUUUUGAGGGUGGGCACGCGGGUCGAAGGUCGUUGGGGACGACAAUGGUUUCCGGCGGUGAUCAGCGAAGCCCCGCGAAACGGCUUUGUGCAGAUUGAGUGGGAGGAGGACGGCUCACUGCUCCACGUGAGGCUUCGUGAGGUGCGACUUUUGCCUGGCGCCACGACCGCAUGGCGUGCGAGUGCCGUGUCCGCGAGCCGUGAAAGCAAUUGGAAUGCAGCUUCAGUAGGUGAGGCUGCUGCGACGGAGGACGGGCAUGACGUGCUGACCGGGACCCAGCUCGUGGCACUGAUGGACGCGGAGGACGCCGAGGAGAGCCGACAUGAGCCGAUGCCUCCACACAUCCGUCUCUCUGCUCCAUGCAGAGAGGCGUCGCCACCGAUGACGACACCCACGAACAGACAACUGGAGAGGAGCGCUGGGAAAGCCGCUGAGAGGGCCGAGGAGGACGUGGCGGUGAGUGCGCUUUGUGUGGGUUACACGCAUGGGGCGACUAGACAUGGCGCCGAUGCUGUGAGCGCGGACGGCAUCGGUCAUUCGGACCUCGGACGCAGCGCUGCACCCUCCGCUUGCACCGCCAACUCCGGAUCGCCGUCACGCUCUCCGGCAGCGACGUCCAGGGCACUAAGUCCGUCGCCAGGCGAGGCGCACCCCUCGUCUCUUUGUAUUUUUCUCCCCCAAACGGUGCGGCGCGACCUCCUGCAGGGUGAGGGCCUUCCGCCUGCAUUGACUUCUUCCUCACCGUUUCGCUACCGCGCGGGCCCGGCGACAGAGCUGCAACGACGCACAGAGCUUCAGCGUAUUUUACACUUCUUGACCAGCGCCGGGACGGUUUUGGUGGACUCUGUGGCACAGGCGGACAACAUUGCCGCCCAGCUCGGCGACAGUGGCGAAGUGAACGCGACCCGCUUCACUCGUCACCCGUCGCCGCUGGCAGCGGAGCAGUCCCACAGCGCCGACUCGCCGCUGAUGCACGUCUCCAAGACGGCGAGUGGGGUUAUCGGAAGUGGUGUAAAGCGGAAAGCGGUGGGGCGCGUGUCGCUGCCUCAGCGGAGUGCGAUGUCUGCCGUUGCUGUCACUUCCCAUGCACAGUGCUCGGCGCCGAAGUACUUCAUCUUCCUCGUCUCUUCUGCGGCCGCUAUUGUAAGCGACCUCGCUGAGGGAACUGAAAGGCCGAAUCGGCAGCACGGCAUGCUGUCCGAAGUGUGCUUGGCGCAUGCGUUGGGCGUCUCAGCAAUUCACGCCUCAUGGCUGUGGAGCAUCACCCCCGGCACCACGCGCGUGAAGCUGCCCACGCCGGCGGAUCAAGUCGAGCUUUUGCCAAGAGCUGGGCCAGAAAAAUGGACUGCGAGGAGAGACACUGGCACCUGUGCCUUAUCGACGAAGGCGCUGCCACUACCGCUGCGCUUCGCGCCGCUUGCAGUGAAAGACCGUUGGCUCAGCGCCAAAGACGUGGCCUUCGUCGUGCGAGACGACCGAAUGGAGAUGUGGCUCAACGUCGCCGGGGCGACCGUCACGGCAGAGCCGGCGCCGGCGCCAUCCUUUGACGUCGCCCGCGAGAGUUUGUCACGGGGCAGCAGCCGCGUCAGCGCACUUCCGUGUUGCUCGUCUGGGUCCCCUUUACAUUCACCGCCGCUCAGGCAGUCGCAUGCGGAGCGGAUGCCGGAUUUUGUUUACGUGCCCGACGAUGCGACCGUGCCUGUGGACUUGGACCGAUUGGGCAGUGUUCCAGUGCUGAAAGUACCAUGGCUGGCCGACGGUAUUGAGCAGCACUACCGUCAUUGUUGCAACCCCGCAUCGACAGCCGAGUCGGUGCUGCCUACACCACCGUUGCUGUCCUCGGUAUGGGGGGCUAUUCCCUACGCAAAACCACCAAAGGAAAGCCAUGUAAGGCACCGCACCAUGCUGCUCCAAUCAGAUUGCAUGCAAUCUUCUCCCUCAUCCCCGUCCGUGAAGCCGAGGGUGAAUGAGGCGGAGGGAAGUAGCCGCCCCAACGGUGCGCGUAGCAACGAGGUAGCCGCUGCGUUAACCCUCGCAAAUGAGAGGAAUUGCCCAAGUCAGUACGGCGGUGACGCCAUGCCCCCAGAGUUGGUGCCACAGCUUGCAGACUGCAGGGAGGGGAGCGCCGAUGGGGCGGCGCCAUCUGCCGCCCCGCCAAGCACGAGCGGCGGCAGUGCGGAUGAGGGUGUCGGUGACGCUGUUGGUGAGGUGAGGGGGAGCGUCAGCGAGGAGGAGGUGCUGACGCCGCGCAUCAGCAGUGGCGACGUGCAGGAACGACCACCUUCGCGUGAAGCGAAGGGGUUGGCCAACGCAGGUGGGUCCAGCGGGACUGCUGAGGAGAAGAGGGUCGACGCAGAGGUGGAGGACGACAUCAUACCGAGAGGGGUCGCCUCUACCAGAGCGACUGCGGCGAUUCUGCCAGGUGCAGUGGCUCCCACUGAACCCUCUGUGUGCACCUCUCAUCCUGGUAUCGCCAUUGGGGAGGACUACUACUUCACCUUCUCUGCACCUCCACCUCCAUCUUCUCCAUCGCCACCCCCGCAUGGCCCGCCACUGUCCAGCUUCCCCCUUCCUGGGUUGCCGACAGCGACGAUUGUGCUUGGCCGAGUCCUGGACUUGCAAGCGGACGCGCCGCCUUCGUCGCUGCUGCACCAGCACCUUUGGGCGGGUGGUGCCGCUUCAUCGUUGUCCUUCUCGCAAUCGCAGUGUCGUUGCCGUGUGACGCUGCAGCUGUACGAGCCCAAGUACGUCUCCAUGCACGUUGACCCCCGCUCGGGGGAGGUGGUACACCAGACCACCGUCUGUCUUGCCCAGCGUUGGCUCACUGUCCCAGGCACCUCGCUGCUCUACGACACAGCUGUGUACGUGAUCACCAGGGCCGCACGGCAGCACGUCUACUACUUAGAGGAAGAGGAGGGCGAGGUGACGGCACCGGCCAUAGGCGACAGUGCAUACUACUCCCAUCGGCAGCAGCGGUCGGUUCUCUGCGCCGUCUCUGCGCCACCGACCUCAGACCCUUCCCACAGUGCGACUAGGACGACGACAGAGACCACUUCUCCACCAGACUUCUACGAGCGACGCUCACUGUCGAAAGUAGCAUUGACGUCUUCCUCACCAGUUCCUGCGUGCUCGGCAACCAGAUGGUGUCGUCCGACCGCACCGCCACCAGGAGCGCUCACUUCCACGCCGCCCGUCGUGGACGAGUGCCGUCACUGGGAUGCCCUUGCUUCCUCGGGGACCUCUGAAGGAGCGACACGAGGCGGCAGCGAUGGCGUCAUCAACAAGCGACGACAGCGCGACUGGGCACUACAGGCAGCCGAGGCAAUGCGCAGGACCCCCGUUUCUUCUGUGCUGCAAUCACCAGACAGAGGUGUCAGCGCGCAGAGGGAAAGUACUCAGCGCACGCCAGAGGGGCGAGCCAGUGCGGAUGUCUCCGAGCCCCAGAGGUUGACGCAAUCAACGGUACUCGGCGGGAGUGGGCCAGCAUCGCGAUCUCCGGCCUUUGAUCUAGCUGAGCUGGGCCAGCCACCGUCAUCGGUCGCUAUCGCUGCCGUCGGCAGCACGUCUUCCUCCCUGAAGGGUUGUCCAGCACGCCAGUCGCUGCAGCGAAGAGUGACACUGGGCAACUCCCCUCGACCUGUGCAGCUUAUCACCGAGCUGCCGCUACACCUAGGUAACAAUACAGUGGUGCUUCGUCCCAACAGCCACAUCUCCUUCUACCCGGACAGCUCGCUUUCAUUUUCUGAGCAUCUUCCAGGGUGUCGGUCACUUGCGGCAGGUCGUGAUAGCGGCCUCCAGAGCCACAGUGGUAACAAGGAAGAUCGCAGAGGCCUCAGACAGCCGACUCUCAUCAAUACGGCAAGGGUUGCCGAACGCACCACUGGCGAGCCAGUGUAUCGCAAUGGCGACGGCGAUGGUCCCGCAGGCAGCGACACCAAGAGCGACACCAGCGAGGAAAUCGUCGUCGAGGCCCCGCUGAUCGGGCGGGUGGAACUGAUGCGAGAGGUGGAAGGCGUGAUUGACAUUGUGGUGCACACUCCACAGCCGAACAGCGUCUUUGGCGGCUCUAGAAUGUAUCGAAUCACCCCUGGCAUGAUUGUGGAUGCAUCUCCGUGA